AUGGAGAAAAGAAACGCAGAGGGGAUUGUUACAGACGAGGUCUUGCGGGAGAUUGAAGUACAAGACAAGAAUCGUAAUUGUGAGAAUCAAAGCCCGAAAACUGAGAUUGGGCUUCAGACCCAGCAUCCUUACGCGUUUCAUGUUUCGGGCCCACGCAAUGUUCCGUCCAUAAACUGGAGGGACCUCAUCAGUUCGACCUGGAAGGACCCAAACUACAAAAGGACUGUAAUAGCUUGCUUCAUACAAGCUGUCUACCUCCUCGAGCUCGACCGGCAGGAGAACCGAACAGACACCGAGCAUGCCCUCGCCCCCAAAUGGUGGACCCCAUUCAAAUACAAGCUCGUCCAGACCCUUACGGACGAGCGUGACGGCUCGAUAUUCGGCGCAAUACUCGAGUGGGACCGCUCGGCUGCCUUAGCCGACUUCGUGCUCCUGAGGCCGAGCGGUGCUCCACGGGCCGUCUUAGCUCUGCGCGGAACCCUCCUGAAGGGUCCCACCAUCAGACGAGACAUCGAGGAUGAUCUCAGGUUCCUGACGUGGGAGAGCUUGAAAGGUAAGUUGAUAAGCAGGCAGCUCAAGUCCUUGUAUACUGGUGUUACUCAUCAACAGCAGUCUCCAGCACAAUAA